ACUUUCUCCACACGACCGAUAUGUUCUUUCUGUACACGUGACGUUUUCUAUCCCUCUUCUGGAAGACAUCCGAGCCCCGAGUCAUUGUCAGGUUGGCAGAAUUAAAUCCGUUCACUUCUAAUGAAAAACAGAUCCUGAAGCUAACAGACAAGAUGAAGUUCCGUGGGGAGCGCUCUGUGCUUCCUCUCGGUGACAUUGUUUUCGUUUCCUGUGUUUUGGCCUGCUGCUGUAAUGCAGUGCCAACUUGGUCACCAACGUGGUCGCCAACAUUUCCCCCCGGCUGUGACUACAACUACAAAUCGUAUAGUCGAGGGGAGACGAUAUACGAAGUGCCAGGCUGCAUGGGACACGGGGCAUACUGUGAUGAAAAUGGUGAAGUCAUUGUCUGGGAUAACUUUGGAUAUGGAUGCUGCGAGCGCGAUGGGAAGUACUACGAAGACGGGGAAACCGUGACCGACAGCGGUGUAACCUGUUACUGUGAGGGGAGUCAGGGUGCAGAACCCGCCCCGAUGGUCUGCACAGAGUCGAGCACGGCGCCAGCGAUCAAACCCACCCUACCUGUGGCAACCAGCACCGUCCCACAGCCGGCCACCACUGACGAGGCUGCAGAGUCAUCAGGGGUUGCCGAGAAGGCAGAUGAGAUGCAGGUGUGGUACAACCGGUUCCAGCGGCUGAUGGCCGAGAUGCUGGCUGUCGUCCAGAGGCUGGGGGAGUGCUCGGCAGGUCCGGCUGCUUCUCCAAAGGGAACUUAAAAGCCAGAUUUGGGCGAAAUGUGUUCCCGGGCAAACACUACAUGUAGGUGUAUGUGGUGGAUCGGGCAACCAGCUGCAGGAUUGAAUGGGGCCGGAUUUCUAUUGAAUGUGAGAUGUUGCCUUGAUAUUGUUAUUGGUCU